UGAAGGGUCAGUGACAGGAAGAGGAAGAAGAUAAGAAGUUGGGUGUGUAACAUCUCAGGAAAUAGGUCUGCGCAGAAACAGCAACCAACCAAUUUAAAGAGGAACUGACAAAACCAAAUGGAGUUAGUUUGACUGAAGAUUUCAACAUCCAAGAUCAACAAAAUGAGGAACUUUCUUCUCGUCCUUCUCUCACUACUGACAGGUUGUGAGGCCUCGUCUGACGAGUCUAAAGUGAAGGGAUGCAGAAAAGGAUGGGUUGAAUUCACCUGCAAAUAUCCAAAAACAACUGAAACAUAUAAACAUAUUAAUGUAGUUAUUCCCAAAAACACAACCAUAAAAAGCACUAAAAAGGAUGUUUGGGAAAACAACACUGUAUCACUGUACCAUGAUACAAAAAGUAAAACUCUCAGGGUGGCCAUUAAACAAAUACAGCAAGAGGACUCUGGGACGUACACGUGUAAAUUUAACAAUGAAAUCAAGAAACUGGAAUUGGAAGUUGAGACAGGCGACUGCCAGAGACAAUUUAUUCAAACUGCGUACAGAACAGCUAAAACCACCAUCAGAUGUAAUUACACAGGAAACAAAUACAAGUUCUUCUGCAAAGACAACGGUUUCAUCUGUGAAGAUAUUUUAUCAACAAAAUCCUCUCUGAAGUCAAAGGGGACAUUCACUCUCACAGAAACCAAGAGUGGCUUCAGCAUGUCCAUCAGUAACGUGUCCUCACAUGAUGCUGGUGUCUACUGGUGUGGAGUGGAAACACAUGAAGGAAGUUACAGAGCUUCUCUCAGAAAGAUAAAGCUGGAAGUUAAAGCUUUUAUUACUAACUUUACAAAGUCUCCAACUGUUGGACAAAAUCUCACAUACUAUUGUAAAAAUCGAAGUGAUUCUCUGACAAACAUGUUCAUCUGUAAGGGAGAAGAUCCAUCUAUAUGUCAACCUCUAGUAAGCACCGCACAGCGCAACAAGAACACUGGGAGGUUUUCCAUGAAGGAGGACAAAGACAAGAAAUAUACCAUAACAGUGAGAGAAGUAACAACAGACGACACUGGGACAUACUGGUGUGGAGCAGAAAGCACUAACGAAACACUCAGCAACAAAUUCUUCCACAAAAUGGUGAUGAUUGUAGUAUCACCAACUUCAUCCACAUCUCCUGUUAUUUCAACCCAGUCAACUACUGUGUCUGCUGAGAGUCGUGUAUCACCAACUUCAUCCACAUCUCCUGUUAUUUCAACCCAGUCAACUACUGUGUCUGCUGAGAGUCGUGGUGGCUCUCAGGUCGUCGUUACUGUGAUCGUCUGUGUAGCUGUGCUGCUGCUGCUGUUUGUGUUGAUUUUGAUCCUAAUCUACAAACGAUUUUCACAUUUAAUGAACACAAGAAAAGGAGCAGCAGCACAGAACAUCAGAGAGGAUUAUGUCUACGAGGAGAUACAGCAGCCCGUCCAGGCUCCAGACUCAGGAAAUGAGAUGAACACGAUUUAUGCCACUGCCAACUUUCCCACAAACCCCUCUGCCUCGCUGCAUUACUCUACCAUCAACUUCCAAAGCAGCUCUGACAGAGUUGGUGGUGAGACAGUGAUCCUCAAACCCAGCUCUGCUGCGUGCGAAUAUUCUACUGUGAAGCAAAAUCCAGCCUACUGUACAGUCAACCAGCCGUCCAGCUCUUCAGAGGAUCCUCUCUACACAACAGUCAACAAGCCACAGCAGCACUGAGCAAAGCUCAGCCCUGUUAGGAAUUUAUGACAUUUACAUGUAUGGUCAAGAUAUUAAGUCAUUUAUUUCUGAUGUGGUUGUUUACAACCAUAUUACAGCUGAUUAUUAUCUUAUUAUUGGUAUUGUUUUUAGUUUCGGACGAUGGGUAACAACAAAUGUUUGAAGAAUUAUGUUUAUGAGCCACGUAUUUCAAUAUUUUGACAUUUAUUCUCAAAAACGUAUUUUGACAUUUAUGUUUUUAAGUAAAUAUUUCAACUCUUGGAAGGAUUGCAGUGAAGUUUGGUUCAGACAUUUACCGUAUGUACCUCUCAGGAUGAAAUGUAAUAACUUUGAUUUUCAUCUGGUGUCAUCAUCAGAUCAAAUGUUUAUUUGUUCAAUCCUUUAUGAUGAAAUAUCUGCACAACUAAUGACUCAUGGGCUUUGUAUAGUAAAAGGAAAAGCUUUAAUGAAAUGAGACAUGUUUUGUGUCAUACUGUGUUUUAUACAGUACAAACAACAGUCAGUGAAAUGUUGCUGAUUAUUUACAAUACCAGUAACAGUCUCUUCAUUUUAUCUCUUACACUGAAUUAACUGUAUCUGCAGGGUUUGAUUUAUUUAAUUUUAGUGCCAUCUGCUGCCAAUAUUAUGACUGACACUGUGGGAGAUGACAAUGCAUGCUGCCACCUUUUCACCAAGACAACCUGUUUCCACAGAAAACAUGUCAUCAAAAUAAAUUGAAAGAUGCAACUAUCACCUAAAAAUGUAUAAAUAGUAACUUAACCUUAGCAUGCUGAAUAUCUAAAUAAGAUCAUAUUCUUUUGCUCCACUAGUGCAGUAUCCUGUGUAACUAUGGGUGCAUCACCUUGGCACAUUUCUCAGAUCAGAAUAGAAAUUCUCAAAACUACUUGUUCAACCUCCACAUCAUCUCGUCACCUGUGCACAUCAUAAAAAGCAAUUUCUCAUUCUUUUGAACAAAUUGCCAAUGCUUUGACACAUCGAUGCAAGUGAUUAUGUACAAUUGUCUGCUGUUACCUACAUUAUCAAUUGCUAAUGUCAUGCUGAUCACAAUCUAUUAUACCAGUCUCUGUUGAAGAGUCUUAUACACCAAAACAUCUUGGCAUAAGUUCAUUGCAUAAGUUGAUAAAUGCAAAGCGGUUGACCACGUUGUCAAAAAUCAAAGUUAAAUAAAGUCAAACUUUAUUCA